UACAAAUAUGAUACACGAACAGUGAUUAUUAGAAGACAUCUUGGAACGCGUUCGAUUGGAUAGAUGGUAAACACUGGGAUAGCGUGAUUAUAAAAUUGAGAAUAUUAAUUCAGUGUUGACAGUAACAAUGUUAUCAUGGAUGUACUUAUAGUUGUGUCAUGUAACUAUUAAUGCUUUAUCAUGAAUAUUACAAAGUAAAUUAAAACUUUAAACGAACAUUGUAUUGAUACAUUGUAUAAUAAUUGUUACACGUUUACGAGUAUCGUCAACAGAUAAAACUGUCCAAUUAUCUAUAGAUAUUUUUUUUUAAACUUUAUAAAUGAGUGAUCGUCAUUAACUUACUUAGUCAAUAGUUGUUAGUGAUCACAGUCAGCCGUCUCAUUUUUAUAUAAUAUUAAACCAGUUACAAUGUAUGUUAUAAUUGUGGCGAUUAUAUUAAUACUACUUCAUUAUUACGGAACUCGUAGAUAUUAUUAUUGGGAGAAAAGAGGAAUCAAACACGAUAAGCCAUUACCGUUUGUCGGAAAUAAUUUGAAGCAGUUUAUGCAAAAAGCGAGUAUGGCAAUGACUGCAAAUGAGGUAUACAGAAAGUAUCCUGAGGAAAGAGUGGUAGGAUUCUAUAGAGCAACACAACCCGAGUUAGUAAUCAGAGAUCCAGUAAUAGCAAAAAGGAUUUUAGUUACAGACUUUCAUCAUUUCUAUGCAAGAGGUUUGAAUCCACAUAAAACUGUGAUUGAGCCGUUAUUGAAAAAUGUUUUCUUUGCCGAUGGUGACCUGUGGCGUUUGAUUCGACAAAGGUUCACACCUGCUUUUAGUACUGGAAAAAUAAAAGCAAUGUUCCCACUUAUAACAAAGAGAGCAGCAAAACUUCAAACUCUAGCCGAUGGAAUCACUGAAAAAGAGUUUUACGAUGCACGUGAAUUAAUGGCGAGAUAUACCACUGAUUUUAUUGGUGAAUGUGGUUUCGGUAUCAAUAUGGACUCAUUGAGUGACGAAAAUUCCCAGUUUAGGAAACUCGGUAAAAGGAUUUUUGUAAGGACUUUUAGGGACACUUUUAUAAGUGCUUUAAAAUGGAUAUUUCCUGAAGUGUUUAAGAAUUUUACUAUGCUUUCUCCAGAAAUAGACGUAAAUAUGACAAGGUUGUUCCAAGGUGUUGUAGAAGAGAGAAAUCACAAGCCUUCUGGGCGAAACGAUUUUAUAGAUUUAAUGCUUGAGCUUAAAGAAAAAGGAAAAAUGAUCGGAGAGUCGAUUGAAACAAAGAAUCUUAAUAGUACACCUCGAAUUGUUGAAUUAGAAUUAACAGAUUCAUUAAUGAUAGCACAAGCAUUUUUAUUUUUCGGUGCCGGUUUCGAAACAUCUUCAACUGCUUCUAGUUUUACAUUGCACCAGUUGGCAUUCAAUCCUGAUUAUCAGAAAAAAGUCCAGGAAGAAAUUGAUAGAGUUUUAGCAAAAUAUAAUAAUGAGAUCACUUACGAUGCUGUGAAAGAAAUGUCUUAUUUAGAAAAUGCAUUCUAUGAGGCUAUGCGACUGUAUCCUUCUGUGGCAUAUUUAAUAAGAGAAUGCACAUCAACAAAUUAUACUUUUCCUGAAUUAAAUUUAAAUAUAGAAAAGGGUAUUAAAACUAUAAUACCUAUAGCAGCGAUACAUAAUGAUGAGAAAUAUUUUAAAAAUCCAGAACAAUUUGAUCCGGAGAGGUUUAUAGAUGGACCAAAAGAAUGUAUACGAAAUUUUAUAUUUUUGCCUUUUGGUGAAGGACCAAGAGCAUGUGUUGGUGCAAGAUUAGGUCAGAUGCAGUCAAUGGCUGGAAUAGCCGCUGUUCUCCACAAAUUCACCGUGGAACCAGCAGCUUGCAGUGUACGCGUACCAAAACCAGAUCCCAUGGGAAUAGUGUCCGAAGGGUUUGUUGGAGGAUUACCUCUUAAGUUUAAGAAACGUGUACAAUGAAAUACUUCAUUCUUUCGAAUUUUUUCAAUCAUAUAAUAACUACCAGAAUACUAUUUCCAUUUUGUUAAAAUAUAACUAAAUAGUCAUUGACAUACAAAAUGACUAAGAUUCACAACCUCAUACAAAGCUUCCAAUUAAAAGUAUUAUAAAUUAAAAUUAUAAAAAUAUAAAAGUUAAUAUUUUAUAGAAAAUGGAAUAAAAUAACAAAAAUAUAAAACAGUUAUAUUUUUAUGAAAUUUAUAUAAAAUACUUUGAUAUGUUUCACAAAUGGUCAGAAAUGAUUACAUUUGGCAACAAUUUAGUCGAAUGGACAAUACAUUUUUAAAUAUGAUUUUAGUUCUUUGCUUUCUUGUAUAUUAAUAAAUAAAGUAUAAUAAUUACCAUAGAAACAUCGAGGAUAUUAACUCCUGGGUCGCCUUUUUCCCCUUUCGGCCCGACUGGACCGGCUACUCCUGGAGGUCCAAACGAACCUGGUUUGCCCUUACAUAGAAAUAAAUUUAUUUUAAUUAUCUUUAUAAUCUGUUUCAUCCUUUAAACAAUAAAGAGUUUUCAUUCAUUCAUUUAAUUAUUUUCUACAUUUACUGUAUUGUUUUUUAUGUAAGUGCUGUAAUUUGAAGCUUCACCUGCUUAAAUUAGUGUACAAAAUUGAUUAAUGAAGUAUUCAAUUCAAAUCCAUUCAGAUGUUCAGUAACAAACUUUGAAAUGUUUAGAUUUACUUUUAUUUACUAGUUGUAUUUUGCGAAUUUAUGAUUUAAAAAAAAGUACGUCGUGUACAUAUGUCCUAUACGUUAUUAGGUAUUGUGUAACAAUAAGUAUGUUCACCCAUUCAUCAUCAACAUCACAAUAUUCAAACAUCUUUUAUAUUGACAUAGAAUGAACUAGAAAUCAUUGUCAUCAUUUUAAAGAAGUGCUAUAGGCAUAACAGAUUUUUUUCCAAAGAUAUUGAAUGAUUUUUUUAAAAACGUUUAAAAUUUUUGAACGUUUCCAUACUACUGGCACUUCGCGGCUAACUACUAAUUAAAAUGAGGGACUAUUAAUUUUCGUUCUUUUUAUGUUUUUUGGGGAAAAUAUUCUAUCAAUAAUAGAACACUGUAUUAAAAUGAUGUUAAUGAUUUAAAGAUCAUUAAUCAAUAUAUCAGGUGGUUCAGGACCGUGCCUUAUGGCAACUUAUGAGAAAGGUUUCAUCAGUGGACGAAUAAUGGCUGAUGAUAAUGAUGAUGAAUCAAUAUUACUAAAUUAAUGUAUUACUUUAAAUUAUCGAUAGUACAAUAAGGUAAACAAUGACAUAUAACAUAAUAACUAUUGUUUAAUUAUUAAUAAACGCAAUGUAUUAGAUGGUGAUGUCGAUUCUGAGACGCUAUUCCCUAAAUUUAUCUUUAUAAUAUAAAUUUUGAUUUGAUAUUACAUUUUUUCAUCAAGAUUAAGGAUCAAUAUAAACUGAAUUUCUAAUAUAGACUUAGUCAAAGUUAUUAUAAAUUUAGUUUAUGAUGAUUAAUAAAAAUAGUACUUACGCAAAACUAUCAAAUUAUUAGUUUUAGAGAUAUAUUUAGAGAAUGGAUUUAGAAAUCAGAAUCGACUUUACUGUAUUAAAAUUAUAUUAUUAUUCAUACUGUAGAUAUACUGUUGCACUUGAAAUUGCAAUUAGUAAAAUAAGAUAAACUGUGACUUGAAAUGAUAAGUAUUUUUUUUUAUAAUUAAUAAAUAUUUAUAAUAGAUAACAUACAAUGUAAUAUAUUAGGUACCUAAAAUUUAUUUUUAUAGACAGAUUAAAUGAGUUUCAUUAUAUUCAGAGAUAUACAUUGUUUACAAUUAGAAUAAAAUUAGGUACCUACUCUGAAGUCUUUUAGAAAUACAUAGACUUAGUAUUGAAUAACAAGUUUUUGUAAACAAUAUACAUUGGUACACAGUACAUACAUACAUACAUAUAAUUGUAUAUUUGUAUACAGUAUAUAUAAAAAAAAGUAAUUCCCAAACAUAUUCGUAUAAUCAUAUUUUACGACAAUUUUCGUUCCCAUUUUUGAGUUUAUAUGCCAUGUAACAUGUAAUAAUCGUAAAAAAAGAUGACCAAAAACAUUUUUGUGUUAAUAAAUUCAUUAAUAAAUUAAUGUUGUUCUAAUAUUCUAAAAAGACUUACUCUUUUUUCAAAUUUUUAUUACAUUGCGUAAUGUACAUAUUAUAUAUAAUAACCGGGCUCAAUGUGAAAGAUUUUUUUUUAAAUACAGGGUGAUUGAGUACCAAAUAUUUAUACUUAAUAUAUAGGUAAAUAUGUUUCGAAAAUCAAAUAUUGACCAUUUUUAUAUGGAUUUCUAUAAUCGAGUACCAACCUUAGAAUUCUCGAAAGUGAGCAAGAAAACAGAAUAAUAUCGGUUAAUCAUAUCACGAGUAGAAACUAUCAGUCUUACUACAAACAUUAUACAAAACACUGUUUAUCUAAACAAUGUUUAACAAAAUUCUGUCUAAUUUAAAUAUGUUUUGUCAGUAUAAUAAUGUUUAUUUGUAAUUUUGUGUAGAUUUUGAAUCUAUAUAUUAUUGUAAUAAAAUUUAUUACUUUAAA